GAAAUGAAUCUAUGGCUAUUGUUGAAUGGGCAUUAAAUCAAUCAUUUCCUAGAAGUUUGUUAGAAGAUAAAACUUUAACUGCAAAAGAAUGUGAUACUCGUUGUGGAACUUUAAAGAAUGAAGCUCAAUAUCUCAAAUUUCUCGAUCAAUACAAUCAGACUUUGAAUGCUGGCACCAAAAAAGUUAUUGACUUUGAUGUACUUGUUCGUCAAUUAGAAGAGAAGCAACGUCGACAGGAAGAGGGAAUGAUACAAGAAACGCCUUUAACUGAAUAUAUUAAUAAACUUUCAAAUGAAAAGGGACGAAAAAAGCAACAAAAAUUGGUUGAACGAAUUGAAAAGAAGCAACUUUUAAUUGGCAGUUCAUUCUCAAAUUCACGCGAAACAACACCUGAUAUUAAUUUAAAUUCUGAUAAAAAUAUAAAAAAACAAAAAUCAGAAAAGAAAAAUUUAAAAGAAAUUAAAGGAAAAAAUGAAAUUGUUGGUGAAGUAAAGAAGAGAAGUAAAAAUAAUGAAGCAACUAUUAAUGCUGAUAUAGAAAUUGUUGGAGUUGGUAGAGGGAGUCAACAACAGUUGAGGAAAACGGGAAAGGAACGUCGCGAGUCUGGAGGGAAAAAUAAACUUGAUAAUCAAAAUAUUGAAAAGAAGGAAAAAACUAAUGAAUUGAAAACAAAAGUUGAUGAGAUGACCAAAAAAGAUGUGGAAAAGAAAAAUGUUGUCGAAAAUCAAAAUAUUAUUUCUAAAAAUUAUUCAAAACAAUUAAAAGAAGAUAAUUUGGAAACAAAACAAAAAGAGACAAAAACUGAAGAAAUUGAUGAUAAAAUAGAAAAUCAAGUUCAAAAUAAAGAGAAAGAAAAGAAACAAUUAUCUACUUCAACACGUGUUAGGGCAAAAGAUCGUCCUGAACGUGAAAUUUACCGUCCUCCUGGUGGAAAAUCUUUAUCUUCAAAAUCUUCAACAUCAAAACAAUCUACCAAUAAAACAACUGUUGCAGAUAAAUUUAAGAAACAAAAUUGAAAAGAAAAAUUUUUUGGGAUUUAAAAAAGAGGAUUGUGAAAUAAUUAAAAAAUGAAUAUACUUGAUUUGGAAAUGAGUUUUUAAAAUGGAAAAGGAGAAAAAGAAAUUGACAACAUUUUUUAAAUUUUU